GCUUCCAUCCUCAUGGGGAGUUGGAAAUUCCCCUUUUUUGGUCUAACAUUCCAGGUCCUCUUUCUAGUUAAGACCUUUUCAGGUUAGGGUGAGAAGUAAAAGGAUCUUAGUAGAUACUGGAUGAAGUUCCUCAUCCUUAGACGUCACUUAGGUCUCUUAAUUCCAUGUUGGCUCGUUGUUUUUAGGGUUUUUUUUCCUGGAACAUUGCAAAAUCUGGUGAAAUGCAUUCUUAUCUGCUUACUAGCUCUGGUGUCACUCCCCCCCUGCUACCUGCGGGGUCUGGUGUCACUCCCUGGCAAGCAUCAGGGGACAAUGGCUAAUCACCAACCAUGAACAGGUAAUUGAAGAAGAGCUCUUAACAACAGGUGGCUGCAACAUGCAGGUAACCUUCAAUUCAACAGCAACCCAAGCAACUUGCUUUUUUAUUUGUUUAACUUUGCAACCUGAAAAAAAAUGGAUAACUUUUUACUCAUAACAGCGCUCAAUAUUCUGGGGCGCUGCAGUGGGGUGGCCUCGAUGGCCGCGAGGGCCGUGGGGGUGGCCCGGGCUCAGGGCUGGGCGGGGGUCGUGGCUGGCACCCGAAAAACCACGCCGGGUUUCCUGGUGGAGAAAUACGCGCUGGGGGUGGGGGGCGCCGACCCCCACCGGGGAGGUUUGGGGGACCUCAUCCUGCUCAAGGACAGUCACCGAGCGCUGGCGGCGGCAGCGGGGGGGCUCGAGCAGAUGAUUUUGGGGGUGCGCCGGGCUGGGGGCUUCACCCGCUGGUUGGAGGUCGAGUGCUCGAGGGUGGAGGAGGCGCUGGCGGCUGCGGGGGCUGGGGCUGACAUCAUCCUGCUGGACAACCUGGCCCCACAGGAGCUGCACGCGGCAGCGGCGCAGGUCAAGGCUGCACACCCCGGGGUGAUGGUGGAGGCCAGUGGGGGCAUCGUUUUGGAGACCCUCCCCCAGUUCUUGGGGCCCCACAUCGACGUGGUGUCUAUGGGGUGUCUGACCCACAGUGCCCCUGCCCUGGACUUUGCACUUUUGCAGGUGCUGGAACCCUAAAAUCCAUCCCAGGACCCUGAAAACCCACCCUAGAACCCCCAAAAUCCAACCUGGGACCUACAGAAACCUACUCCACAACCCCAAAACCCAACCUGAGAUGCCCAAAUCAAUCCCAGGGAGAGCGAAACUCACUGUGAAACUCCAAAAUCCACCCUGGGAAUCCUCAAAUCCCAAAGGCCCCUCUGCUGAGGGGACUGUAAAAUCUGGCACUGAGUCCUCCUAUCUGCCAGGAGCCCCAAUGUCUCAGACCUCCCCAUGUUCUGGGACUCCAAAAUCCAUCUUGGGACCCACAAAAUCUAUUUUGGACUUCAAAAUCUAUCUUGGAACCCCCUAAAUCAAUUCUGGGACCCCAAAAAUCCACCCUGGCCCCCUCCAACACCUACCCUGGGAUCCCCAAAUCUCCCCUCAGACCCCACAAGCCCACCCUGGGGAUCCAAAUCUCCAUCUUGGGGUCCUCCCACUCACCUCCCCCCUCUAAGGUGGACCCAAAAUUCCAUCCUGAGGUGUCCCCUUCCCCCUUUUCUCUUUGUACCCCCAAAUAAACCCCUACCUCACUCCCCCAUGUCCCUCCAGUUUUUUCAGGGUGCCACCCUCAAAACCCUCAGGUUUUGCACUCGAUGCAAAACCAGCCACUUUAGAACCAACAAAAGGGGGGGGAUGUGACCACUGACCUGUUGAGCCCCUACUCCAAACCAGUGUCAGUUCUGCUGCUCCG